UUCUAGUCCUUCACUCUAUUUCUUGCAAUUGCAUUGCGCCACCAACCACUGCUUCUUCCUUCACCAACCUUUUCUCCUCGGCGGACGCUCCGAGGUCUUUCUCUUUUGCUUCGUCCUCUUCUCCGAUCUCAGAUCUCGAGCUCAAUCCUUCGAAAUGCAGAGCUCUGCGUUCACCUUCUCCUCUUCUCUUCCUCUUCUCAAGCCUCGCCGGCCUCAUACUUCCUCCUUCACCUCUCCUUCUAACUCAAUUCGGUUAUCUUCUUCGUCUUCCACAAAUUCCAGAGAUCUUGGAGACCUCAACAAUGUUGGCAUCGCUUCCUCUUGGCCUCGCCGAUCUUGGACUCUCUCUUCAUCUCCUUUUUCGUCAUCCAAACUCCGGCCAUGGAGUGGUGUACCCUCUCUUGCUUCGGAUUCCGAUGCGAGUCAUUUCAAGGUUCAGGCUACUGCGGUGCCGGAUAGCUCAGGAGAGGCUGCGAGUGCUGGCGGAAGCUUUAUGAAAACGUUGGAGCUCGGGUUGUUGUUUGGCCUAUGGUACCUUUUCAACAUCUACUUUAACAUCUAUAAUAAGCAGGUUCUCAAAGUGUAUCCAUUCCCUGUAACUGUCACCGGAGUUCAAUUUGCUGUGGGCAGUGUACUUGUUCUCCUCAUGUGGGGACUUAAUCUCUACAAAAGACCAAAGAUUAGUGGUGCUCAGCUUGCUGCCAUUCUGCCGUUGGCAAUUGUUCACACAUUGGGAAAUCUUUUCACAAAUAUGAGUCUUGGGAAAGUGGCAGUAUCGUUCACUCACACAAUCAAAGCCAUGGAGCCAUUUUUUUCAGUUAUCCUGUCAGCAAUGUUUCUUGGAGAGACUCCUACUCCCUGGGUCGUUUUAUCCCUUCUGCCAAUCGUUGGUGGUGUCGCAUUGGCAUCUGCCACUGAGGCCUCCUUCAACUGGGCUGGGUUUUGGAGCGCAAUGGCGUCUAAUGUGACUAAUCAAUCUCGUAAUGUUCUUAGCAAAAAGGUCAUGGUGAAAAAAGAGGAGUCGAUGGACAACAUCACCCUCUUUUCAAUUAUAACAGUCAUGUCCUUUUUCUUACUAUCCCCUGUGGCCAUCUUCAUGGAAGGUGUCAAGUUCACUCCUGCAUACAUUCAAUCAGCUGGAUUGAACAUGAAUCAACUAUACACUAGGUCUCUUCUAGCUGCCCUUUGUUUCCAUGCUUACCAACAGGUUUCUUACAUGAUAUUGCAAAGAGUAUCGCCCGUUACCCACUCGGUAGGCAAUUGUGUAAAGCGUGUUGUGGUCAUCGUGAGCUCCGUUAUCUUCUUCCAAACACCUGUUUCUCCAAUCAACUCUAUUGGCACUGGAAUAGCUCUUGCUGGGGUUUUCCUCUAUUCGAGGGUUAAGCGCAUCAAAGCUAAGCCGAAGACUGCUUAAAAUUCCCCCCAUGAAAUUUUGCCUCGGUAAGUUGGUAGGUUGCUAUCCAUGACGAAAAAAUCCAUCAAUGAUUUGUUUGUAGGACACAAUCCUUGUAGAAAACAAACUUUUAAGGGUUUUGUUUGAUUUCAGUUUUGUACUAUUUCUGUCCUUCAGGAUGUGACUUUUUAUUCUUUGUGGAUAAAUAGCCAUCUUCAUUCCCUCUGGACAGUCUUGUGCCCAUUUCAAUUCACUAGUAAUAACCACACGAUUCACCUA